AUGUCUUUCUACGACGAAAUCGAAAUCGAAGACAUGAUCUUCGACGCGGAUCAGGGUAUCUUAACGUAUCCUUGUCCGUGUGGCGACAAGUUCCAGAUUGCCCUGGACGACCUCAAGGAUGGCGAAGAGGUAGCCGUCUGUCCCUCGUGCAGUCUCAUGAUCAAGGUCAUUUUCGACCCCGAGGACCUUGAGCAGUUUGAAGAAUCGUGA